AUGGUUUCGACUUCUUCAUCUCAUGAUCAAAAAUCCGAAGGUUCAACAAUGGCGCCAGCCGAUGCUAAUGUUAAUAAAGUCCAAAUUGCAGGUGAAGGUGGGGAGUUUGUUAUAAUCAAUAAUCAUAAAUACUACAGACAUGAUUUGAUGGCCGCUUUUGGUGGUUACUUGAAUCCAGGAGCCACUCCGUACCCUAAAAUCAAUAUCAACCCAGCUCCAGUUGGUUUAUCAGGAUUUGCAUUAACAACAUUUGUUUUGUCGUUGGUUAAUGCCCAAGCUAUGGGUAUCAAAAUUCCAAACCUUGUGGUUUCAUUGGCAUGUUUCUAUGGAGGAGCAGCGCAAUUUCUUGCUGGUUGCUUUGAGUUUGUUAGUGGUAAUACCUUUGGUUUUACUGCAUUAACCUCGUAUGGUGCAUUUUGGCUUAGUUAUGCUGCAAUUUUCAUUGAUAGUUUUGGGAUCUUGAAAGCUUAUGAAGAAAGCGAUCAAUUAGCAGAUGCCGUUGGAUUCUUUUUACUCGGAUGGGCGAUAUUUACAUUGGUAUUGUUUUUGGCUACGUUGAAGUCAACUGUAGCCUUUUGCAGUCUUUUCGGCUUUUUGUUUAUAACGUUUAUCUUGCUUGCUGGUGGUGAAUUAAGUGGACAUGUUGGCGUAACUCGUGCUGGGGGUGUUUUUGGUGUCAUCACAUCAUUCAUAGCCUGGUGGAACGCAUUUGCAGGUACUGCUACUCCACUCAAUUCGUAUGUCACUCCAGUUUCCAUUCCUUUGCCAGGUAAUGUCAUGUUUAGAGAGAAGAGACAUUAG